ACCAUUCCCGUCGCCCUUUUUCUCUCUUCCCCGUCCCCUCUCUCUCCCUCUCCACACAGCCUCGCCACGCAUCGCUCCGCCCUAACCUUCCGACCCUCCCCAACACCGGCGAGCUCCAGCAUCCACAGUCGGCGGCGGCGGCGGUGAAGAGAGAAACGGAUAGGCGGAAGAAGAGGUAGUAGGCGAGGGCCAUGGGGCAGCAGUCGCUAAUCUACGCGUUCGUGGCGCGCGGCGCAGUGGUCCUGGCAGAGUACACGGAGUUCACCGGCAACUUCACCACCAUCGCCGCGCAAUGCCUCCAGAAGCUCCCCGCCAGCAACAACAAGUUCACCUACAACUGCGACGGCCACACCUUCAACUACCUCGUCGAGGACGGCUUCACGUACUGUGUGGUUGCUGUUGAAUCUGUUGGGCGGCAAACCCCCAUUGCUUUCCUGGACAGAGUUAAGGAUGAUUUCACCAAAAGAUAUGGUGGUGGGAAGGCAGCAACUGCUGGAGCAAGCAGCCUCAACCGAGAGUUUGGAUCAAAACUUAAGGAGCACAUGCAGUACUGUGUCGACAACCCCGAGGAGAUCAACAAGCUUGCCAAGGUUAAAGCCCAAGUUUCGGAGGUCAAAGGAGUUAUGAUGGAAAACAUUGAGAAGGUUCUUGACCGUGGCGAGAAGAUUGAACUGCUCGUUGACAAAACUGAAAAUCUACGUUCUCAGGCACAAGAUUUCAGACAGCAGGGCACACAGGUGCGGAGGAAGAUGUGGCUACAGAAUAUGAAGAUCAAGCUCAUCGUUCUGGGCAUCAUCAUCGCGCUCAUUCUCAUCAUCAUCCUGUCGGUGUGCCAUGGCUUCAAUUGCAGCAAGUGAGGAUCUGACUUGAGAUCACCUUUUGCUUUGCCCUAUUAAUACGUCCUACUUCCGGCGAAAAAGAAGAGCGUGUGGUCUUUGUUCUGUUAGCCGUGAGUCGUCGUCCUCCUGUCCUGAUUCUUGGUGGUCAUAGUGUGUCCCUGAUGUCGUUGCUGAUUGCUGUGUUGGAUAGUGACUGGGUUUAUGAGGUUGAGGGUAUCCUGUAUUUUUGGGUGCUAUUGAUGUAUAGAUUGUCUGCUACGUUUACGCCAGAAAAAGUUAUCAUAGCGAAAUAAUAUAUUCACUCUCCAUCUGA